AUACAGCCAAUUCUGUGUGGACGAAUGUCAAGCGUUGGUUUGGAGAAAAUUUUUAAUUUGCAAUCAGCCAAUUUAACUUGAUUUCAUGAAUGUUGAGAGGUGUUAUUUUGAAAAAAUACAAUGAAUGAAAGCAAUGCCUAUGAUCCCUAUGCAAGCUCAAGCUAUCCAAGUUCGGCAUAUCCUCAGUAUGCACAAAAUUAUGGAAACAAUUAUUACCAAGGCUAUGAUACAAGCCAGUACAGCAGUUUGAGUGCAUCAAGUGCUCGACCAGACUAUACAUGGAAUUUCGCCCAGCAACAACCACCUCCAAGUACUGUGAGCUCAACAGAAACAAAAACUGCUAAUGAUGCCGUGGCCAAUGAAAUGAAACAGCAGAGGGCCCAGUUGCAUAAGCAAAGAGAAGAUUACGUGAAGAAGUUGACAGUCCUUCAAAGGGAAUUGGAGCUGCUCAGAAAUCAAAAGCAUGAACUACUGGGCAGUCGGUCACCACCCAGGGACUUGGAUUCGAUCGUGAAGGAGAAUGAAAAACUGCAGGACGAGAUACAAACGAAAAUGAAGGCUAUCAAAAAUGUGAUAGAGAUGCUAUCUAGCAUCAUUAAAGACGGUUUGAGCAUAACAGACUUGCAGAAUCAACUGAGGGAGGACAGCCCGGCUAAGAAACCAAGCAAGUCUCCUCCGUUCACCAAGGAAACUCACACUCAGUUCAAUUAUGUUCAUUACGAUCCUGAGUUGCACUGGUGUAGGAUGUGCGACAAGUUCCCGAGGACUGCGAAGGAGUUCCUCGUCCAUCUGCAGAGUAAGAAGCACCAGGAGAACAUUGAAGAUAACGACGUGGGGGACAGCACUCCCUGGCAUAAACUUCCCGCUGAACCAGAGCUGCCUCAGUAUGAGGGUGCUCCUAAAAAGCGAAUACCCAUUAAAGGGUUGCAGUUUUUUAUAUCCGCCCCAUCUUGGUAUUGUAAACUCUGCGACGUGUGGAUCGGUGAUUUGCAUUGUGCUUCGCAGCAUUUGAAAUCUCAAGUGCACUUUCAAAACUACCAGAACUUCGUCGAGCAGAACCCGCACUGGGAGAUGGAAUGGUUGAAGGAUCGCGAGAAGGCGCUGUCCAGGACCGACAAACGCGGUUCAGACUCCGACGAUUCGGAUUCGGACGCGAAAAGGAAGAAGAAGAAGAAGGAUAAGAAAUCGUUCGACGUCGCCGGCGCUAAGGACAAGAAGAAAAAGAGGAAGAGCAAGAAGCACAAACGAAGAUCGAGCGCGUCGAGCUCCAGUUCGAGCUCCUCGGAGUCCUCCAGCGAGAACGAGGGCGAGGACAAGUCGCGCAGCAUCAGGGUGGCCAUGAGGAACGUCAAGGCCGAGUCUAUCCUCCAAGAGGACCUGACCGGCAAGUGGGAGAUGUUGGGCAGGCUGAUGGAGGAGCACAAGAGGAAAGCCCAGCUGGAAGAGAAGGUUGAACCAAAGAAGGAGCCCGCCAAUGACAACCUCAUCAAUCAGUGGAUGACCAUCAACGAACCGCCCGAGAAGGAGAAGUACCUGCUGGAUUCGCUCAAGGACCGGAUGAAGCAGAAGCAUUCGUUGGAACAGGCCAAAUACGUGGAGUUGGAAAAACGCCAGAAAGAACGGGAACAGCGGGAACGGGAGGAGCUCGAGAAGAAACAGCGGGAGGAGAAGGAGGCUUUCGAGCAGAGAGAGAGGGAGAGGAAGGAACAGGAAAGACUCGAAUUCGAGCGCAUCUUGGAUAAGGAUCGCAGUCAGGUGAAGUUCAAACAAUCAUUUAGGGAAAAACAGAAUUAUAGGAGGAAGAGCCCAUCUCCCAGCCCCGAACAUCAUCACGGAACGAAUAAGUCUUCGAACAGGGACAGGGAGCGGGAGUAUGAGAGGAGUAAGAGGGAGAGGACUGAGAGGGAGAGGUCUGACAGGGAGAGGACUGAGAGGAUAAGCGAUUCCCCCAAGAAAAGAGCUGCUUCACCCAGAAUGAGCCCCCCCAACCCCAAAUACAAGAGGCACUCCAGGGGUUCGAACAGCCAUUCCAGAUCGCGAAGCAGGAGCAGAGGCCCGGAACCGCGUCGGACCCAGAAGGAACCGCCGAAACCCGUCGAUAAGAAGCCCCCGGGUCCGCCGUCCUACAAGAAGCUCCCGUUCAUCGGCAGGAUGCCGCUGUUCAAGAACAAGAAGCCGGAGGAGAAGGCGGAGAAGGAGAUCCAGAAGGAGGAGUACGACAAGCCCAGACAGACCAGGUUCGAGCCCGGCAAUCUGCCCAGGGCGUUCAUACCCGAUCCCGACGUGGUUUGCUUCCCGAAACUAUCCUCGUAUCCGGAACUGGCGCCGCCCCCUCCGGCUCCGCUCAAACCGCCGCCGCCCGCGCCCAGGAUAACCAAGAAGCCGGUCAAGGCGCCGCCGCCGCCCAAGAUCGAGGAGCCCAAGCCCGCGCCGCCCCCCAAGGAGAUCGUGCAGAUCCAAGAGCCGUUCAAAAACGAGGAUUUCGAUCCUAGUCUCUACGAGGAACCCAGUCAGUUGUGGCAGAAUUCAGACAACGGCUACGGGAUGUAUCCGCCGAUGUACCCGCCAGACACCGUUCCUAUUUCUCACAUGAUGCCGCUACAGCCACCACCGCUACCGCCAGGCGACGAUGAUCUGGCGCUACUGGGUAUAAGUGCCGACGAUAUGGCGGCGCAGUCCUUUUGAUUUUUCGUAUUGUGAUUGAUUUUUUUCCUGUUAAUGCGUGAAUGCAGCAGAACUAUGUGUAUAAAUAUAAGAAAUGAAUCAUUUUAAA